AUGAAUUCUUCCUAUGCACCACCUCCUUCCGCAUCAUCGGGGGGUCUUAGGAGCUUAAAAGUUGACUUUCCGGAAGAAGUCCAACCCACGGUGGCUGAUGUAUAUGGAACAGAGCCACCUACUCCGACCUAUUCAGGUGGAUUUACUGGAAGUUCCCAGCCGCAGUUCCCGGCAGUUGGUCAACGCGCGUUACCCGCUUAUGAAGCUGUCCUCCAACCUCCACAAAUAACAGCUGUACGUUCCCUUGAACACUCGAGUAAUCAACUUAGUGGAAAUGGAAACCGCGGGUGGGUUGACACCGACGGCGGCGCCGGUGGUAGUCUUUCAGGUUUGGUGCGCAAGAACAAUUCUGCAUACGGCGUCGUCGAUCCUUAUAGUAAUGAGGAAGCGCCAGGUUUAUCAGGAUUUGCUCAACGAGAUCGAUCCAACAACGGAUCAUCCACAAAUAAUAUGAAGUUCGAUCCACUAGCGAAUCCCUUACACAGUAUGACCGGAAAUAAUUUCAGGAAUGCAUACAAGCAAUUUAAUCAGUCUUAUGUUGAUGAUGAGGACCUGGACAGUGAUUAA